ACAAGAACACACAGGGGGAAAGCAAAAGAAAACGGAAAAAGAAGAAAAAAAAUUAUAAGAUAGAAACACCAACAACACAACACACAACACAUAGCAGAAAGAAAGAGAGAAAGAAAACCAAAGAAGCGCCAAGGCCCAACGACGAACAACAACAACAACAGCAGCAACAAAUAACAGCACAAAACACUUAAUUUACCCUAUUCUUUCUUCAACGCAAAACACAAUUAAUUUCACAUCACUUCUCGAUCUCGCCAUAUUCUUCAUUCCUCGCACCACCACAGUUUUCUCCUCCGAUCUAUAUCGUCUCUUCUCUCCCGGUUCUUUCGGGUUUUUGGAUUGGAGCCUGAAUUGAAUUGGAGCUGAAGCGAGCCUGUGAAGCAUGAGCAUCGACAGCCCCGGCCGAGGGGAGAAUUAGGGUUUCUCGGUUCUCAAGUUGGUGAGUUCCAUGGGCGAUGGGGGUGUCGCGUGCAUGCCUUUGCAGCAUAUCAUGGACAAGACACUUUGCGAGGGCAAGAGUAGUGGUGGGAAUAAUGUGCUCAGUUCCAAGUUGCUCAAGCUUCCUGACGGUACCAGAGGGAGGAAGAAGAAGAAGAAGAUGAAGCAGAGAAAAGACAAGGCGGUUAGUAGUGAAUUGGGGUCUGACAGAGUAAACAAGAGGACUUGCGAGGUUGAGAAUGGCGAAAUUUGUGCUGAGAAGGUGCAGAAGGAGGAAGUGGAAGAGGGUGAAUUGGGCACCUUGAAGUGGCCAAGAAAUGACCUUGAGAAUGGAGAGUUUGUGCCGGAUAUGCCACUUCCGCCACCUCCACCUUUGCCACGGCGGAGGAGUGAGAUUGAGACUGGAGAGAUCGUGAGCGACAAAUGGAAAGCAAGGGAGCUGGAGAAGGGAGAGAAUUCUCCUGGAAAAUGGGAGAGAGAGGAUGCGGAAAGAGGAGAAGUGGUUCCUGAGAAGGGUAGGAAAGGAGAAGCUGAGAAAGGUGAAUAUGGGUCCUGGAGAGGUAUGAAGGAUGAUAUUGAAAAGGGGGAGUUCAUUCCGGAUAGAUGGUAUAAGGGAGAAAUGGGCAAGGAUGAUUAUGGCAACAGUAGAAUCCGCAGGUUCCAUCCAGGUAGGGAAAAAGCCUGGAAAAUCGAACGUGACCGGACUCCCCCUUCUGGAAGAUUUGCUUCUGAUGAUUUUUAUAGAAAGAAAGAGUUUAACAGAAGCGGGGGACAGUAUGCUAAAAGUUCUCCCAGCUGGGAGAGUGGACAACAGAGGAGUGUGAGGAUUAGUUCAAAGAUUGUGGACGAAGGGAAAAAUGUAAACAGCAAUGGUAAGGAUUAUUCACGAGAUUACAAUCCUGGGACUCGCAUGAAAAGGCUCAGUAAUGAUUCUGACAGCUCCGACAGGAAGCAAUUUGGAGAUUAUGGCAGUUUAAAAAGUCGGAGGCUUUCUGAUGACUUCCCUCGUCAUGGUUAUCCGGAGAACUAUUCUCGCCGCUCUGUGGAGCGACCAUACAGAAGUAGUAAUCCUUCGAAGUUAUCAGUAGACAAAUAUUCUUCCAGAAAUCAUGAAUCUUCUGUGACUUCAAGGCAAGCUUAUGACAGGCAUGGACACAGCCCUGGUCAUUCUGACCGGUCCCCACGAGAUCAGUCCAGGUAUUAUGAUCAUAGAGAUCGCACUCCGUUGCGAAGGUCCCCCUCUGGCCGUGACAGAUCUCCAUAUAGGCUGGAGACUUGCCGUGACAGAUCUCCAUAUAGGCUCGAGAAAUCCCCACACUGUCGGGAGAGAUCCCCGUACGAGAGGAAUUUUGACAGAAAUCGUCAGCAUGAUCACAAAUUCAAAAGUCCUACACAGGGAGUUCGUCCAUCCCCCUGUGGUCGUGACAAAUCACCUUACAGCAGGGAGAAAUCCCCCCAUGGUCGCGAGAGAUCACCACACGAGAGGAUGUGGGAGCGAAAUCGACAGCAUGAUCAUAAGUUCAAAAGUCCUCCCCAUGCCGAGCGGUCACCACAGGAUAGAGGUCGGCCCAAUGAUCGCAGGGACCAUACUCCAAAUUUAGUGGAAGGAUCAUCCCUUGAUGGUAAUAGAAAAAAUAAUGAUCGAGAAACAAUUUGUAAAACCUUACAAAGUGAAAAGCCUAACUCAGAAUAUAAUUCUAAGGAACAUGAAGAUGAUAAGCACAAGAGGGAGUCAAAUUGUUCUGCUGCAGAAUCUCAAAGUGAAAGAAAUGUACCCAAUACUGACUACUCGACUGACAAAGAUAUCUCCAGUCAACCUACAAGUGAACAGCUGCCCCGCAGCCCAUCUAUUAGCAAAGAAUCUCCUCACAUUGAACCAGUUCCUGAGGAGCUUCCAUCAAUGGAAGAAGAUAUGGAUAUCUGUGAUACCCCUCCACAUGUCCCUAUGGUGACUGAUUCAGCAUCCGGGAAAUGGUUUUACCUUGAUUAUGGUGGCGUAGAAAAUGGUCCUGCUAAACUCUCUGACAUCAAGGUCCUUGUUGAUGAAGGAGUACUGAUGUCAGAUCACUUUAUUAAGCACUUAGAUAGUGACAGAUGGUUAACUGUUGAAAAUGCGUCAUCACCAUUGGCGGCUCAGCCUUUUCAGUCCAUUAUGUCAGAUGCCAUUACUCAGAUGGUAAAUCCUCCAGAAGCUCCUGGUAAUCUCUUGGCAGAUACUGGAGAUGUUCUUCAAUCUGGUCUUGACCAAAGUCAGGAAAUGGCAGCCACUUUGCUGCGCUCUGAUGACAACUUGCAUGCAUCUGAACUGUUGGAGGAUCUCCACAUUGAUGAAAGGGUUGGAAGUCUGUUAGAAGGUUAUGAUGCCACUCCUGGGAUGGAGCUUGAGGCAAUAAAAGAGGCUCUCCAAAUGAAUUUUGAAUAUGCAAAAUUGGAGGGAUUGGAAGACUGUGAAGGUUUUCCUUGGCAUGAUUCCAGCCUCAGUGAAGAUAGUGGUUCAAAAAUUGAUAUUGCACCAAGAGAUAAUGAGAUGAGCAUGUGCUGUGAAAAGGAUAAUGGAUUUGCUGCUCCUGAUGACUGGUUUUCUUCCCGUUGGUCAUGCAAAGGUGGGGAUUGGAAGAGGAAUGAUGAUGCCCAAGAUAGAUAUUCUAGGAAGAAAUUUGUCCUAAAUGAUGGAUUUCCUUUAUGCCUAAUGCCAAAGUCUGGAUGUGAAGAUCCUCGCUGGCCUCAUAAAGAUGACUUGUAUUUUCCUUCUCAGAGCAGGAAACUUGAUCUCCCUUUGUGGGCUUUUUGUGCUGAUGAGCGGGUUGAUUACUGUGCUGCGAGCAGAUCAGCUCAAAGCAAGCCUGCCUUUGUUAGAGGAACGAAAGGAAAUGUUCUUUCAGUGGUUAGAAUAAAUGCAUGUGUCGUCAAGGAUCAGGGAUCAUUGAUGUCUGAGUCACGGCACAAAUCGCGAGGCAAAGAUAGAUAUCAUUCAAGGUCUACCCGACCUCAUUCUUCUAGCAGUGACAGCAGGAGAUCGUCAAUUGAAGAGGAUUCUCAUUCAAAAGCUGCUAGUGAUCGAGGUUCUCGCCGUAGCAUGGAAUUCAUUAAUGUUCCUAAAGAUCAUCUCUGUACUGUUAAGGAUUUGCAGUUACAUUUUGGGGACUGGUAUUAUCUUGAUGGUUCUGGGCGUGAAAGAGGGCCAUCAUCAUUUUUAGAACUGCAGCAUUUAGUAGAUCAAGGAAUUAUAAAAAAGCUUAGCAGUGUGUUUAGGAAAAGUGAUAAACUAUGGGUUCCUGUUACCUCUGCUACAGAAAUUUCUGACGUUAGUCUCGGGAGCCACCAAGAAAGCAGUUCAACAUCUGGAGUGCAAUCAAAGCACAUUCAGGAUGUCUGUGUUGGUGAACCUUAUGCAAAUCUAAGUUUGUUUAACAUCAUACACCCUCAGUUUGUUGGUUACACUCGAGGGAAACUGCAUGAACUGGUAAUGAAAUCAUAUAAGAGUCGGGAGUUUGCUGCAGCUAUAAAUGAGGUUUUAGAUCCAUGGAUCAAUGCAAGACAACCAAAGAAAGAAAUUGAGAAGCAAAUUUAUUGGAAAUCAGACGGUGAUGCACGUGCUGCCAAAAGAGCCCGGAUGCUGGUUGAUGGUGAGGAAGACAGUGAGUUUGAAGAUGGUCCUACUAUUGAGAAGGAUGAAACCACGUUUGAGGAUCUAUGUGGUGAUGCUACUUUCAUUGGAGAAGCCAUUGGUCUUACUGACUCUGAGGUGGCAACCUGGGGCUUAUUGGAUGGUCAUAUGUUAGCAAGAAUAUUCCAUUUUCUGAGAUCUGAUUUGAAGUCCCUUGUUUUUGCAUCAAUAACUUGCAAGCAUUGGAGAACUGCUGUACGUUUUUACAAAGAAGUCUCAAGACAUGUCAAUUUAUCAUCAUUGGGUCACUCCUGCACUGACUCCAUGUUGUUGAACAUUAUGGAUGCUUAUGACAAAGAAAAGAUCAGUUCUAUGACUCUAAUGGGUUGUAAGAAUAUUUCGGCCGACACACUUGAGAAAAUUCUUCUCUCUUUUCCUGGUUUGUCUACAAUAGACAUCAGAGGGUGCAGCCAGUUUGAAGAGCUGACUCCUAAAUUUGUCCAUGUGAAAUGGAUUAAGAGCCGAUUUUUAGAGGAGCCCCAUAAAAUCAGAAGCCUUAAACACAUUACAGAUCAAACUUCAUCUGUUUCAAAAUCCAGCAGUUUAGGCAUGGAUGAUUUUGGUCAGUUGAAGGAUUACUUUGAUAGUGUGGAUAAGAGAGACACCGCAAAGCAAUUGUUUCGUCGAAACUUAUACAAGCGGUCAAAACUAUAUGAUGCUAGAAGGUCCUCGUCCAUUCUAUCAAGGGAUGCUCGUACAAGACGAUGGGCAAUUAAGAAGUCUGAAAGUGGUUAUAAGAGGAUGGAGGAGUUCCUUGCUUCAAGACUGAGAGAAAUUAUGAAGACAAACUCCUGUGAUUUUUUUGUGCCUAAGGUUGCAGAAAUUGAGGCUAGAAUGAAAAAUGGAUAUUAUAUUGGCCGUGGUUUGAGCUCUGUCAAGGAGGACAUAAGUAGAAUGUGCCGUGAUGCUAUAAAGGCAAAGAAUCGGGGUGAUGCUAAUGACAUGAAUCGUAUGAUCACAUUGUUUAUUCAGCUUGCAACGCUGUUGGAAGAGAGCUCUAUAUCUGUGCAUGACAGAGAUGUGCUAUCCUCAAAGUAUAAGAAAAAUAGAUUGGUAACUGAUAGGAAGUAUAGGAGUAACGGAACACAUGGAUUGGACAAUAUGGAAUAUACCUCCGAUCGGGAAAUUAGGAGGCGCUUAUCUAAGUUGAAUAAGAAAUCUAUGGACUCAGAGAGUGAAACAUCUGAUGAUCUUGAUCGGUCUUAUGAAGAUGGCAAGAGUGACAGUGAUACUACAACCUCUGAGGCUGAAAGUGAUGACCAAGGACAUUCAGAAAAUCUAAUUGGGGAGUCAAGGGGAGAUGGACACUUCACACCGGAGGGAGAUUUGAAUUUUAUAACUGAUGAUCGAGAGUGGGGUGCUCGCAUGACUAAAGCCAGCCUUGUUCCCCCUGUUACUCGGAAAUAUGAAGUCAUUGAUCAAUAUGUCAUUGUAGCUGAUGAGGAAGAUGUGCAAAGGAAGAUGCGGGUUUCAUUACCAGAUGACUAUGCAGAAAAGUUGAGUGCACAAAAGAGUGGUACAGAGGAGUCAGAUAUGGAACUUCCUGAAGUCAAGGAUUAUAAACCUAGAAAGCAGCUUGGGAAUGAAGUUAUUGAGCAAGAAGUGUAUGGAAUUGAUCCUUAUACACAUAAUCUUUUGCUUGAUUCGAUGCCUGAGGAGUUAGAUUGGUCCCUUCAGGACAAGCAUUUGUUCAUAGAAGAUGUGCUUCUUCGAACAUUGAAUAAGCAAGUCAGGAAUUUUACUGGAAGUGGAAGCACUCCAAUGAGCUAUGCUCUGCAGCCUGUUAUUGAAGAGAUUAAAAGAUGUGCAGAGGAGGGCUGUGAUGCACGAACAGUUAAAAUGUGUCAAGGUAUUCUAAAGGCCAUAGACAGUCGUCCAGAUGACAAAUAUGUAGCUUAUAGGAAGGGACUUGGUGUUGUUUGUAACAAGGAAGAAGGCUUUUCCGAAGAUGAUUUUGUUGUGGAAUUUUUGGGAGAGGUUUAUCCUGUGUGGAAGUGGUUUGAGAAACAAGAUGGGAUUCGAUCUCUGCAGAAAAAUAGUAAGGAUCCGGCACCUGAAUUCUAUAACAUCUACCUCGAGAGACCAAAGGGUGAUGCUGAUGGGUAUGACUUAGUCGUUGUUGAUGCCAUGCAUAAGGCUAAUUAUGCAAGCCGAAUAUGCCAUUCUUGCCGACCAAAUUGUGAAGCCAAAGUUACUGCUGUUGACGGUCAUUAUCAAAUUGGGAUUUAUAGUGUUCGUAAAAUUCAACCCGGUGAGGAGAUCACUUUUGAUUACAAUUCUGUGACAGAGAGCAAGGAGGAAUAUGAAGCAUCGGUUUGUUUAUGUGGAAGUCAAGUAUGCCGGGGGAGCUAUCUCAAUUUAACUGGUGAAGGGGCUUUCCAAAAGGUUUUGAAGGACUCGCAUGGAAUUCUUGACCGGCAUUAUUUGAUGUUAGAAGCAUGUGAAUUGAAUUCUGUGUCGGAAGAGGACUAUAAUGACUUGGGAAGAGCUGGUUUAGGAAGCUGUUUGCUUGAAGGCCUGCCAGAUUGGCUUGUUGCAUAUGCGGCUCGCCUUGUGAGGUUCAUCAAUUUUGAGAGAACCAAACUUCCUGAGGAAAUUCUAAAGCAUAAUCUGGAAGAGAAAAGAAAAUAUUUUUCAGAUAUAUGUCUUGAAGUUGAAAGGAGUGAUGCUGAGGUUCAGGCUGAGGGUGUCUACAACCAAAGGCUUCAGAAUCUUGCUGUCACUCUUGACAAGGUAAGAUAUGUUAUGCGAUGUAUUUUUGGUGAUCCCCGAAAAGCACCACCUCCUCUUGAGAAGAUCAGUCCUGAAGCAGCUGUUUCCUUUCUCUGGAAAGGAGAGGGUUCUUUUGUUGAGGAGCUUCUUCAGUGUAUUGCUCCUCAUGUGGAAGAAGAUGCCUUGAAUGAACUGAGGUCUAAAAUCGAUGCUCACGAUCCUUCAAGUUCUGGAGAUAUUCAAAAGGAGGUGCAGAAGUCUCUAUUAUGGUUGAGGGAUGAGGUCCGAGAUCUUCUUUGUACAUACAAAUGUCGGCAUGAUGCUGCUGCUGACUUAAUCCAUAUUUACGCAUAUACCAAGUACUUCUUUAGAAUACGGGCUUAUGAAACCAUUACUUCACCACCUGUCUAUAUUAGUCCACUUGACUUAGGUCCCAAGUACGCUAACAAGUUGGGAGCAGGAUUUCAGGAGUAUCGGAAAAUAUAUGGUGAAAAUUAUUGUUUAGGACAGUUGAUUUUUUGGCACAAUCAGAGUAAUGUGGAUCCAGAUCGUAGCCUUGGUAGAGCCAGCAGGGGUUGCCUGUCUUUACCAGACAUCAGUUCCUUUUAUGCCAAGGCUCUGAAGCCAUCAAAGCAUCGAGUUUAUGGUCCAAGGACUGUAAGAUCAAUGCUUGCAAGAAUGGAGAAGCAACCGCAGAGACCUUGGCCCAAGGACCAGAUAUGGACAUUCAAAAGUUUUCCCAAAUUCUUUGGUAGCCCAAUGUUAGAUGCUGUAAUAAAUAACACACCACUGGACAGGGAGAUGGUUCAUUGGUUGAAGCACAGACCUGCCAUAUACCAGGCCAUGUGGGAUCGUUAGAAAUUUUGCAUGGCUCCGUGAUAGAGAGCUUGCCCGGUGAAACCACCGUUGUUAGAUUAUUUGGAGUGUGGUUCAUCAUCCAGAGCUGCCUGCCUCUUUUAGUGUGGUGGGUCUGUUAAAAGGCAUAUCUUGUACUCCUUUUUAAGUCAUUCUUGUGUACAGUUUUCUUGACCUUUGAUUGUUAAUUCAUUUAGGUGUAGGGGCAUUGUUUACUCUUAUGUAACAGGAAAUGAAAAUCAGGGAAAAAGAAAAGGUUAAUUUAGUGGCAUUGCUUUAUUCUCCUGGAGUGUGAUUUUCCUAAUCAAUGCUCCCAAGAUGGUAAAUACUAAAUAGAAAAUAGAUGAUGAGUUUGGCUUUGGGGAAA